AUUCCAUACCUCAGCCAUCACCCAAUCAGGGCAUCCAUGGGUAGCCUGGCUGUGGUAUUUAAGAUGACCACAGGAACUGUUUGUGCAUUAGAUUUUGGAUCUUUGGAGGAUCGUUUUGGUGCUGGUUCCUGGGGUAAUAUGCUGAUAGUUUUGAAAUCUGAAACCAAGGAGCAAAUAAAAGAACCUGUGAGACCAUGACUACCUUCACUCCAGAGGACUUUGGCUUCACCUUGCUGGAGGAUGGGACUUCUGUCCAGGAUGUCAUCGAUCAGAAGAUCGACACGUUGCGUGCGGAGGAGUCCAAAGAGGCUUUCUUUGUGGCGGACCUGGGGGAGGUGGUGAGGAGGUACCAGUUGUGGGUACGUGAGAUACCUCGAGUCACGCCCUUCUACGCCGUCAAGUGCAACGACAGCCUUCCCAUUGUCAAGACGCUUGCGGCCCUGCAGACGGGGUUCGACUGCGCCAGCAAGUGUGAGAUGCAUCUCAUAACGUCUCUCGGGGUGGACCCCAGCAGGAUCAUCUUUUCCCACACCAUCAAGCCGCCCACCUACCUGAAAUACGCCACUUCCCUUGGGAUCCAGAAGAUGACCUUCGACAACGAGGCAGAGCUUGUUAAGAUCGUCUGUCUUAACAGUCAUGUAUUGAGACAAAAAAAAAAAAAGAUUGUCAUUCUUAUCAAGUACAAAAAAUGUUAGGCAAUUUACAGCAAUUGUCCCCUUUGGCUAAUCUUGAAUCAGUGGUUGUGGUGCUGCUUGAUUAUAAGCCAAUGAAAUUAACUAUUUCCCUGUAAGAUCCAUGAGCAUCAGAUCAGGGUGUAUUGCCAAUUUCCAUCAUACACAAUUUCUGAAUGUAUAUGUCUCAAUUUUAAAUCUAGACCAAAGAAUACAAGAGUUAUGGUAAGCAAAUGUCCCAUGUAAGCAUGUGCCAAAUAGAUGUAUGAACAUUUUGUCCCAUUCACAUGCAGUGUUCUGCAUUGUUUUUUUUCUAAGCUAUGUCUAGACAGUUUUACGAAAAGGACAUUUGAAGACUGCAAAAUGGCACAUGACAACUAAAUGAUAGUAUGGGUCUCAUACUUGUAUUUUGCUCACUAAAGUAUCCUGACCUGUCA